AUGUCAUCGCUGGUUACUAUAAGACAACAUCUUUUGAAUAAUGAUACAAAUAUACCUUCUGCUUGUAAAGUUUCAGAUAACUUGCAAGAGGGAUCAAAAGGAGGAGUCGUUAAAGUGUUCAAUUACAUAAUCCAAAAAUUUCUGAACGGGUAUUCCUUGCAAUCGAUUAGAAUAACAUUUAAUCAAACAAGUUUAACAACAGAUCCAUCAAUGAUUGUUAUGUUAGUUGGAAAAAAUUGCAAUAAUUUAAGAAUAUUUUAUAUCGAUAUAUUUCAACGAGCCAUAUCUAAAGAUUCCACAAUGAUAUUACUGGAAAAUUGUAAAAAAUUAGAAUAUUUAGAUAUAACAGCAUCAAGUGAAACGGAUGAAGCAUUACUCAUGUUUGGGUCAAUGAAUUCAUUAGUCAAGUUUAAAAUUAAAUUUCGUUUACCCAAAGUGACGCAAAAAGGUUGGAUUAAUUUAGUUAGAAGGCCAACCGGUUGCCCUUCUUGGCGUGUAAUUACAAUCGAUGAUAGUAGACAAAUUAUACCCGAAUUUUUCGAAACGUUAGAACAAGAUCAUCAUAAUCUAGAAUAA